AUGGUGAGGAUGGCUAUAAAUCUGGGGCACCGUGAAUGCAUCACUGACAUCGACUGCGAGCGGGCUGCGGGCUGCGCCCUACCCGCUACAGCUCGUUGGACAGAAGGGAGAGCUCUCGCGGGCUUGUGCGCAGCCUCAUUGUCGGUUGGCCCAACCCGGGCCCUUCCCCCGGGGGGGGGGGGCGCGGCUUGGCCGUGCACGACCGACGGGGGGGACGGGGGGUUCCGUGCGGUCGAGGGGGGGAGAGGGGUAGGGGGGUGGCGGUCGCAUGGGGCGACCCGGCGACGGAGCGGCUGCCUUCAGGCGAAGAACACGCCGUUAGGUGACGGGAAGGGAGACGACCUCUUGCGCCUCAAGAACGUAGCGGCGGCCGUGCCUGAAGAGGACCGGGUCGAUGACCAUAGCGAUGAGGCGAUGAGAAGGCUCAUGUUCGACAUGGAUCCGGACUCGAAGGAUAAAGGCCCCAUGUACUUUGGGGACGCGGGUAUGUACACGGACGAGGUGAACCACGUCAAGUACCCCGAGGAGGUGCGAUUCCCUCAGUCCUACCUCGCCUUUUGCGUGGACCGCGAGGAGACCGAGGACGAGGACAAAAACUACGUCACGUGGGGCGUCAGGGCCAAGGCGCACUGGGAACAUGUGAAGUGGGCCAGGAUAGCGAAGCGCACGUUCGAGGACGAUCCGGACCGGGAGGCUGGCAUCUUGUGGAACCGUAGCGUGCUGUCUCCGUCCAAGUGUCGGGUAAUCGGGAACAUGUUCUGCAUCCGGUCCUACACCAAGGAAGGGGCAUUGCGCCUGUUGGAGGAGGACCCGUACCGAAAGAGCGGGCUAUUCGGGACGGUUUCGCUGUACCGCUACCCGUACAACAUGGGCGGCGGGUUCAACUGGCACUUGUCCAACUUUCCCUACCUGGCGCUCUGCAUGGACAAGAAGGGGAGCGCCAAGCUCAGGGAGAAGAACAACGACGCGCACCUCGAGUACUACGAGAGGACCAGACGAUGCAUCGGCGAGGGGCCUGUUCUAAGCUCCGACUUGGCGGAGGACAGCCCCAGGAAUAAACCGGUCGGCUCCCUCAUGUUCUUCAACGCCAUCAACGACGAGGAGGCGAGGGAGACGGCGGAGGGGGACCCUUUCAACCAGGCGGGCUUGUACGACAGCGUGUUCGUUGCCAGAUUCAACGAGAUCGACUUGAGUGGGAUCGGCCUCGUGAGGGCUAACAGGAUUGACCCCAUGCGGGACAUGAUGGCAAAGGAGGGUCUCGACCGUGAAUGCGAGUACCCGGUUAAGUUCGGCAAGUACGACCUUUUCGAGAACAUGAAGUGGCUCAAGACCGAAGUGGAGAAGAAACAGGAGCAGCAGUACAUGGAGCACAGGCUCAAGCUCUACCAGCAGAGGGACCGACGGAUAGAGAGGGAGGAGAUCAACGAAGGCGCCCUGUUCAGGCCCGGAGUCUACGUGUACAUGGGGAAGCGGACCGAGACAGAGUGGUACGAUUAUUGGCCCACAAAAGCAGGCCCCGACGCCGACGCCGCUGGCGAAGAGUUUUACACCAUGGAUGCCUGCUACCCUCCGGUCGACCACUUCGAGGACGACCUAGACUGAUCCAAGUCCUACGUAGUCAAGAUGUGAUCGUGAAUCAAGAUUGGUUUUGUGACUUGCAAUCUCUUGAAACUACGUCAGUUCGGCCUGACAUCCUGAGGGAUAGAGGAAGGUUGAGUUUGAAAAUCGGAUUUCCGCUCCGAAAUCGGAGUGAAAUUUGACGUGACUUCACACGUUGGGUGUUUCCUCGUACCGGGAGGUUAGGCUCUUUCGAGACUUCAGGCAUUGCCGUUGUGAUUUGCGUUGCUCAGUUCGAGGCGUGAAAUGUGGGGUUGAGUUCCGCCCGCUAAAUUUUGGUACGGGUUUGAAUAUACCGAUUAUGUCGGCUAGAGUUGAGCCAUGACGAAUUUCACUGACAUGCUUGUAUCCAACCCUACGCGGUUUCCGGUCCGAAAGGAACGGGCAUGUGUCACACACACAUUAGGAGCUCUGUACCGGUCCAUAGCCUUGAACGCCACUUCGGAACGACUUGCUUAUAAAGACA